AUGCUUGGAUUUAAGAUUGAACCAGAUUUAAGCGAUAUCUUAUUGAUAAUUGGGGAUUUUGACAUUUCAUGGGUUGAUGAAGUCACCCACGAAGUUCGAGGCAUAAAGGAUCUCGUAAUUCAUCCCGAAUUUGAUGCCAAAAGAGCAAAUAAUGACAUCGCACUUAUUGGGAUCGAUCCACCUGUUCGUCUAGGUAAAGAUAUAACAGCCGUCGUUUUACCUCCUGUAAAUGCACAGCUUCCUAUUGGAACAAUGUGUACCGUCUGGGGGUGGCAAGAUUAUCCUUGGACUGGAUACAGAAACGACGCGAAGUAUAUUUUGCAUCGGGUUGACAUUCCACUUGUUUCCAAAGACCAAUGUAGAAAAUAUUAUUCUUUCGUUAAUAAGACCAAACUUUGUGUCGGAGGACGAAAAGGGAUGGCUUCUUGUAAGGGUGAUUCUGGAGGAAGUCUUCUUGUUUGGAUUGAGAAUUAUUAUGUCGCUUGCGGAAUCGUUUCGGCUGGAAUUGGAUGUGGAAAAGAGGGUAUACCAGGAAUUUAUGCUGAUGUGUCUAGAUACACUGGAUGGAUAUAUGGAAUGACCCUGGAUGCAGCCUGCAAACCAAGCAUACAUCUAAAUGCGACUUAUCCGCAGUAAUUUAUGACAAAAAUGUUUCGAUUAAACAGCAAUUUAUAAAUGAAAAUAAAAACUAAUUGCCAAGAAUGAAGGUGUCAUGCAGAAUUUUAUGUAAUACUGGUAUAUAUACUCGUUAUACCGAUAUUUUACGCUGUCGAAAAUUGCAUAAAUAGAGUCUGUUAAUAAAAAAUCAACAAUUUUUUAAAAACUUUUAACAAUUAACAAUGCUACUGUUUUCCGUUUUAGCUGUCAAUCGAAACUGUUUAAUGCUGAGAGGUAAGAAUCUCGAUUAAUUCCAUAUUUUAAGCAAACAGUUGAAAUGUACUGUACAAAAUAUUUGUAUGACUAACAAGUAAGCCUGCUCUUGAGCAAUACACACAUUUAGAAGAUUAUUUACUUUAUCUUAAAUAAAAUGAAGUUACUACGGUUUUUACUUAAUUACAUGUAACAUUUUUAAGGUGCGGUUUGUCUUGCUGUGCUAUGAUUUCCUAUUUGCUUGAAUAGUGUUACCGUUUAUAAUUCAUAGAAAUAAAUUAAUAGCGAAAUUAGGUUUUAAUCACUAAAAUUUUUUAUCGCGAAAGUGAGACUGAAUAUUUACAUUUAUGAGAGCCUGAGUGCCAACCGGUGGUUCGUGAACCACUGAUGGUAUGCGACAAAAUUCUGGCGAUCCGUGGCGAAGUUUGAACAUGGAUCAACUUAAGGUUACGAAAGUGACGACAAUUAGAAAGUGGAAGUGAGGAAAAAUACCAAUCGAAGUGGUUAAUCUGAGACCAAAACUGAUAAAAACUCUGAUUCUAAGGACACAGGGAGCUUCUCUCUCUGAUUUCUCGUUGUUAUAUUUUACUUGGUCGCCGUCUCCACUUUACUCUUGACACGUUUGCUAAAGUGACUUCAACUUCUCUGUGGACGUUUAACCACAUUAUUCCGGGAUAUUCGACAGGAACAAGUUUUUUUUUUUCAUCACAACUUUCUCGCUCAAAGGAGGAACCGAAGAUUUACAAUCAUACAGUGCUCUACAUCCCGAGAAUUAUAUCUGUAAGCUUUAUUUCUACAAUUAAAUAUAAUACUGUGGGC